AUGGCCUUGAAGGAACUCUUAUUCGUCCUAAUUAUCUGCGUUGUCCAAGCAAUAUCAGAAGACCCCGAGGGAACAACGACGACACAGAGGACGGUUACUGCCGAGGAUGCUGUACUAAGUGGGAUUCGGGACUUGUUCAACCUCCUGCCCAAGAGUUCUUCGUCUUCUGGACUAGAUGACUUCGUGCAACUCUUAAGUAACUUUCUAAGAACUUUGCGUUCUCGUUCCAAUUAA